CCUCAGAGAGAAAUUUUAACUUACGCCCUGCUCGACACACAGAGUGAUUCAACUUUCAUCUUAGAGGAUCUAGUGGACGAACUGAAUGUAGACACUCAAGCAGUGCAGCUAAGACUUAGCACAAUGACAGCUGCCGACACAGUCAUCACAAGUAAAAUUGCUUGCGGUCUGCAAAUUCGGGGAUUCAACACAGGAACGUCCAUCCAACUACAGCAAGCCUACACGCGAAACUUCAUUCCUGUUGAUAAGUCUCACAUUCCUACAACAAAGACAGCUCUGCAGUGGCCUUACCUCAAACACUUAGCAAAUCAGCUGCCCCCACUUCAAGACUGUGAGGUAGGGUUGCUUAUUGGUUAUAACUGCCCAUCAGCUCUGGCACCUUUAGAGGUCAUUACAGGUAAUGAAAAUGAACCUUUUGCACAAAGAACUGUACUAGGCUGGAGCAUUAUAGGUUUAACCAAUCCCCACCUAGACAGGAAAGGGCACCAGAGCCUAGUGCACAGAAUUUCAGUGAAGGAAGUUCCACUGCCAUCUGCAACUGAUGUUUUAAAGGUCCUGGAAUCUGACUUUAGUGAAAGGAGCUAUGAGGACAAAUACGUGUCGCAAGAUGAUGUUCGAUUUGUACAACUCCUCAGCAACAGCAUCCUACAAAGAGAAGAUGGACACUAUGAGAUGCCCCUCCCUUUCAAGGGUAGUAGUCCACCUUCGCUACCAAAUAACAAAAGGCUGGCGUUGGUUCGGUUGCAACACCUGAAGAAGAAGUUACAAGCAAACAAGCAGUAUUAUGAUCAUUACACGUCAUUCAUGGAGGAAACGAUAAGCAAAGGUGAUGCAGAGCUGGCCCCUUCAAUAUCAGAGGGAGAGACUCUGUGGUACAUUCCCCACCAUGGAGUGUACCACCCCAGGAAGCCAGACAAAGUAAGAGUUGUUUUUGACUGCUCAGCAAAGUUCCGUGGUAUCUCCCUAAAUGACUCACUGCUCACAGGCCCAGAUCUGAUCAACUCCUUAGUAGGAGUUCUUUGUCGUUUUAGGAAAGAAACAGUUGCUGUAGUAUGCGACAUUGAAAGGAUGUUUCACCAAUUCUACGUGGCGCCUGAACAUCGCAACUACUUGAGACUCCUGUGGUGGGAAGAUGGACAGCUGCAAUCAGAGCCAAAAGAGUACAGGAUGGCAGUCCACCUCUUCGGCGCGGCCUCCUCCCCUGGAUGUGCCAACUUUGGCCUUAAGUACCUGGCACGACAACACAAGGAUAACUUUCCUUCAGCCUCAGCCUUUAUUGAGAAGAACUUCUAUGUAGACGAUGGUCUGGUGAGCGUGCAAUCAAUUGAAGAAGCCAAGAAUCUAAUCAUUGAAGCACAGAAGUUAUGCAAAGGUGCAGGUCUGCGUUUGCACAAGUUCAACUCAAACCAGAGGGAUGUUCUGUCUUGUGUAUCCCCUUCAGAAAGGGCCACAACUACGGAACCUCUCAGCAUUAACCCAGAUAUGACACAGAAUGAACGUGUACUUGGCAUACAGUGGUCUAUAGAAGAUGACACAUUUGGCUUCAAUAUUGAUGUGAAGCAUUAUCCACCAACUCGGCGUACUAUCCUGUCAGUCGUGGCCUCUCUUUUUGACCCACUUGGGUUUUUGGCUCCCUUCAUAUUGGGUGGAAAGUGUAUCCUGCAGGAGCUAUGUCGCAGAGGCAACGGAUGGGAUGACCCACUUCCUCAGAACUUGCUGCCACGGUGGGAGGAGUGGAAAUGUGGUCUUCAGAGGUUAAAGGAAGUCACCAUACCCAGAUGUUAUCAUCCUCAAGACUUUGAUAACAUUAUUAGAGUGGAAUUGCAUCACUUCUCAGAUGCCAGCAACGUGGGAUAUGGUGCAUGCUCCUACCUCAGAUAUAAAAAUAACAACAACCAAGUCCAUUGUAACCUUGUGAUGGCUAAAGCAAGAGUUGCACCUACCAAGGUCCACAGUAUCCCAAGGCUGGAGCUCUCUGCUGCGGUCACUUCAGCAAAACUAAGUAUUGUGCUUAAGACUGAACUUGAAAUGAAAAUUGACAGAGAAUUUUUCUGGACUGACUCCCAAGUAGUGUUGGCAUACAUCAACAAUGAAGCACGAAGAUUUCAUGUGUUCGUAGCCAACCGUGUUCAAGUGAUAAGAGCCAACACAGACCCAAGUCAGUGGCAUUAUGUCGACACUACACAAAACCCAGCUGAUCACACCUCUAGAGGUCUUCAUGCAAAGGACAUCUCUUCAACUAACUGGCUUUCAGGGCCUAGGUUUUUGUGGGAAGAGGAGGUUCUCCCAGCGCCUAAUCCACCAACUGAGUUGCUUGUUGGCGAUCCAGAAGUUAAAUCAGUCCAAGCCUUUGCAACACAGGUCAGCGAGCAAAGAGAUGUUUUGAAUCGCCUGAGUCGGUUUUCCACUUGGACAAGGCUCAUUAAGGUGGUUGCCAGAAUCAAGAGACUAGGGUGCAAGCUGGAACACCAAAGCGAACUUGUGACUGUUGAAGAACGUAAGGAGGCUGCCAAGGUGGUGAUUAAGCUUGUUCAGCAGGACACUUUCUCCCAAGAGCUAAGGCUACUUCGUAAGGGAAAUAGUCUUCCGAGAUCAAGUCCUCUUGUUCGCCUUGACCCUAUUCUGGAUGAUGGACUUAUUCGUGUUGGAGGCAGACUGAAAGCGUCAUCCCUUGAUCUAGAGCUUAAACACCCUGUCGUUCUCCCAAAAGACAGCCAUGUCACAAGGCUGAUCCUGUCUCAUUACCACAACCAGAUUUGUCACCAGGGCCGUAAUCAAACCUUGAUGGAAAUCAGAGCAAAUGGAUUUUGGGUCAUUGGUGGGAGCAAAUCAAUUGCCAAAUACAUACACAAAUGUGUACAGUGCCGAAAGCUUCGACGUUCAACCGAGGAGCAACGUAUGUCAGAACUUCCCAAAGAACGUGUAGAAGUCUCAGCACCCUUCACAUACUGUGGUAUGGAUUGCUUUGGCCCAUUUAUCAUCAAGAAGGGCCGUAAAGAGUGCAAGAGGUAUGGUCUCAUCCUCACUUGCUUGUCUUCCCGAGCAGUCCAUAUAGAAAUGCUUGAAGACAUGACCACAGAUGCUCUCAUUAACGCUUUAAGGUGCUUCAUCAGUCUCAGAGGAGCGGUUUCUCAAUUACACUGUGACCAGGGCACAAACUUUGUGGGAGCCAAAAAUGAGUUCAAAGAAGCACUCCAACAAUGUGACUUCAAGACCCUAGAGGCAUUCCUAGCAGAUAAGCAGUGUGAGUUUGUAUUUAAUGCCCCUUCAGCUAGCCAUGCAGGUGGAAUCUGGGAACGACAAAUUCGAACCAUACGCAGUGUGUUAAACCUCACGGCUGCUCGAUGUUCAGGCAGACUGGACGACGCUUCCCUCAGAACGCUGUUCUAUGAGGCUAUGGCCAUUGUUAAUAGUCGCCCACUGGUUGUUAAUGGAAUCGAUGACCCCAGCUCUCCAGAGCCACUGACGCCAAACCACCUCAUUUUGAUGAAAUCCAAGGUUGCUUUACCACCUCCUGGAAAAUUUGUAAAAGAGGAUAUGUAUGCUGCAAAGAGAUGGCGCAGAGUACAAUAUUUGACUGAACAGUUCUGGAGUAGGUGGAAGAAAGAAUAUCUUUUGAAUGUGUCCACAAGGCAAAAAUGGCAUGUACCCAGGCGUAACCUAAAGGUGGAUGACAUAGUCAUUAUCAAGGAAGACACACUUCCAAGGAACCAAUGGCAGUUAGGACGAGUGGUUGAAACUACAGAAUCUGCUGAUGGUCUAGUUCGUCGAGUAAAGGUACGAGUAGGAGAUCGUAGGCCGACAAAGAAAUACGACCAUUCUCUCAAACCAUCGGUUAUUGAACGUCCUAUCCAAAAGUUAGUACUUCUCAUGGAAAAUUAAUAAUUGGCAAACAGUUCAUUCAGGCACUUACAUCAGACAUGUAACAUGUUAUCACAAAUUCUCUCCGUUGAAACUCACCACCUGUGGUCCUUCAUUGUAGACUAGAAAUCAUUUAUGAUUGUGUUGUUUUUCUUUACUUAUUUUAAGUAUCAUAACAUGAUUUGGUGGGAGUGUAAAUGACCACAAAGGUAAUGUCAGUUACUCGUUGUGGGCGUGGCUCAAUUGAAGCAGCCUCACCCCAGACCAUGUGCCGAGCAUGGAGAUUUACGGCACUCACUGCCUUCAGGUUUCUUCAAGUUUAAUCUCAGAUGCCGUGUGUGUGUCAGUCAAGCUAGCGAUGCUAAGAUCGAAGACUUCAACACGUUUUCUAAUUAUUGCACCCUUGGUAAGCGGAGCGAGUUUUCACGGUGCUUGAAGGAUGCUCAAGUGUUGCUGGACAAACUUCUGUGGAUGACACCAGCAAAUAAACUCACCGCACCCGUUAGAGACUCUCCUGUGAAUUUUUUUUGAUACCAAGGGCAGCUACACAGGGACAGCAGUGGUGUGCAGAAUGUAGUCAGCAGCUCAAUGCGACUCAAUAAAGAUGGAAUCAACGGCUUUUGUCUAAGAAAUCAUUUUAAUGAGGUUGGCUCAUGGUAAAAUGAAAAUCAGAAAGACAAUGCUGUUUGUAUUGUGUCCCUUUGUGUUUAAGAAAUCACCUCUGGAAAACAGAAAUUAAUCUUGUCUUUUGGAAGAAUAUUUAUUCCAUAUACAGUGUUGUCAUGUCAAAGUAAUGUAGCUUUAUUGUCUUACAUGCUUUGUGUAGAUUCUCCUAAUGGUUCCC